UUUAUAUUAGACAUUAUUUUUUUUAUAUUUUUUUGUCCGAUAAACUCGACUAUAAUUUUACUAAAAAUAUUAAUAUUUAUUUUAUUUUGAUAUCAAGCAAUAUGUCACCAGCGAAAUGCGUCAUAACACCUUCCCUUGCACAAAAGGGAAUCUAUCAUUAGGAAGUGUAUUUUCUUCUAAUCGUAAACAUUCUUUACUUCUUUUCAUCGUCCUAAUCAUGUCAAGUAUGCCUCAAAAUACCUCGGUCGAAAACACCAAAAUAUUGUCAAAAAACACUUAUGUAAUAACCGGUUCUAAUACGAUAAGGCCAGAUUCUGAUUACGACGUGAGUGUUCAAAUUCUUAGGUCCCCCGCGAUCAACUUAGAGGUACUCGUAGUUAUUCUUCCCACAAAAGAUUCUGAUGGCGGUAUAGUGCCUUUUGAGAGUGACAUCGUCGAUAGUCAAUAUAUAGAGGGCGUUAAUUACACGGUUAUAGCUAGGGCAGGAGGACUUUUUGGUCCUGGCCGGGCCCAAAUCCUGAAGCUCAAAAUCCCAGCUUUUCUAUCCUUGGAAAGUUCUAAGAAAAUAGCGCUCAAAGUUUUAACAAACGCUCAAUCUGCGCAGGAUGGCGAUGCUCAAAUUGGAAAGGAGAUUGUGACAACUAGUAUUCCAUUUAGAAGGGGACCAAUUAUAACCCCGCUAACAAAUAUUCGGAAUCAAACCGAGCUAACUUUCAAUGGGAAAAUGCAGUCCAUAUUCGUUCAAACUGACAAGUCGAAAUACAAACCAUCCGAUAAAGUUCGAUUCAGAGUAAUAGAAGUGGACUCAACUCUCAAGCCUCUCAUAGGGAAAGUCACCGUGUUUAUAACGGACUCCAAGGAAAACAGAAUCAAACAAUGGUUGAAUCAGGAUUUGAAACAAGGCACAUUUUCUUCCGACCUUCAAUUGGCUGACAAAGCUGUGCUGGGCCAAUGGACCCUAACCGUUCUUCCUCUCUCUCAAAAUUCGUCAGAUGUGUCCCCAGUGGGGGAAUCUAUCACUAAAACCUUCGUGGUCGAGGAGUACGUUUUGCCGACAUUUGGCGUUGAACUUUGGGCUCCUUCCUUCGUAGUUUUUGACAAAGCCAACAAGAAACUCACCGUCGAAGGAUACUUCGAAGCUCAAUAUACUUUUGGAGGUACGGUUCCUGGAAAAGCUAUUAUAAUCCUCAAGGACAGCUAUGGUGAUUACGUGCCUAGAUUAGGCAUAGUCAAAUACGAGCAAACCGAACUAAGCCUACCGGUAACUGAGCGCAGCCCUACUAGAAUAACUUUCAAAAUAAGCAUAGAUUACACCGGCAAAGAAAACUACAAUGCGGACUCUUAUACAUACGGUCAUACAUUCUCUCUUUCUCUAACAUUUACCGACUCUCUUACUCUGAAAUCAAGAUCCGCUAAUAGAAAUUUUCCGGCUUACAUCUCGCCUUACCAAUUGACUCUCGUAGGCCCCACUUAUUUCAAACCCGGAUUAGAAUACGAAUUAAAGAUAAUUGCCUCCAAAUUUGACGGAAAACCUCUCACCGAAACAGAUAUUGCACAAAUAAAGCUCGACCUUAAAAACAGCGGUUCUUCUGAAGGCGAAAACAUUAUACAAUUUAAAAGGACUAUGUAUUACAGCAAGCCUUACCAAAUCGAUAAUGAAACGUUUACGUCCGAGAUAACCAAGCAAAAGAGUUUGCAAUUGGAUUCCACAGGAAUGGCUAGUGUCGUUUUAAAUGAUUUAAAUCUCGACAUAAAUAGGAUCAACUUUGAGGGAAACUUUAUCGGUCAAACCAGGAAGUUUAGCAUAUCUACCAACAAGUUCGAAGAACCUUCCAAUCUCUUCCUGGAAUUGAGAAAUCCUCAACAAGCUGAAAACGACGCCGAUAGGAACAUCUUAAUACUCGGUUCGACUCACACCCUCAUAGCUGUUUCAUCCAGCUCCUUAACAAAUUUAACCGUCCUUUUUAUAGCCCGGGGAAGACUAGUCAGUCUCAAAACUGUCCUCAUAGAACCAUCUUCUUCAUCUUCCGCCAUAGAAAUCAAAUUUCCAGUCAUGCCAUCACUAGUUCCUUCCUUUAAGGUUCUCGCUUAUCUUGUUAGUCAGAAUGGAAACGUUAUUGCUGACAGCCUGGCUUUCAAAGUGGAUAAAUAUUCCGAAAAUUUUGUCGAAUUGAAUUUCGAGCCGAGCAGUUCCAGUACCAAUAACUCUUUGAGUUCUAAUUCCGAUUCGCUACGUCCUGGCGCGGAAACUUCCCUUAAGAUUAAAACGGUGCCCAACUCUUUCGUCACCUUAUUAGCCGUUGAUAAAAGCGUUAGUCUUUUGGACAAUAGUAACGAUAUAACUGAAGACGUUAUACGCAAUGAAUUAGCGCUGUGGGACAGUGGGCCCGAAUAUGAUCGUCCUAUAUAUGGUCGGUUUGGCUAUCCCAGGCCUUCUUCCGGCAACGUUUAUCAAACGUUCAAGAGUGCAGGCUUGGCUGUAUUGACAGACGCAGAACUUUACGUUGGGAGCGAUAUCGUAUAUUCGAGGCGCAGGUUCAACCUAGGCGGUUUUGGGAGACGUAGAAAUUUUGCGCCAAUGAGUUUUAUGCGUGGUUUUGCGGGACCUAGUGCUGUAUUAGAAUCCGCAACAUUUGAUGCUUCCCCGGCUCAAUUCAUGCUUGAGAAAAAUGUCCCUAUCGAAGCCUCCAUCACGACUCGGAAAGAUUUUCCAGAAACUUGGAUUUGGGAAGAAUUAAUUGCCGAUGGACAAGGUUUUGGCCAAUUAAAACAAAAAGUUCCAGAUACCAUAACAACCUGGGUUGCCACCGCUAUCUCAAUAAAUGACGAAAAGGGCUUAGCAAUUACAAAAAAACCAUCAGAGCUAAGGGUAUUCCAACCUUUUUUUGUCUCCUUAAAUCUGCCAUAUUCAAUAGUCCGGGGUGAAAAGGUCAAAAUUCAAGCGUUGAUCUACAAUUAUAUGGGCAAAGACAUCAUGGCUACCAUUAAAAUGGAAGGCCCUUCUUCCAACCAAACAGAUCCAGAUUUUGAGAUUUUAGACCCCUCACAAUUUGAUGACAAAGUUUCCAAUCAGCUAGUUCCCUCCGGUUCGGUUAAUCAAAUUAUGACGAAAAUAAACGAUAACACCAUUUUUCCGGCUGUUUUUUACAUUAGGGCGAAUAAAGUAGGCCUUUUGUCCCUCAGUGUCAAAGCCUUCACAGAUAUGGCUGGAGAUGCUAUAGAAAAAUUGUUGCCAGUCAAAGCAGAAGGUGAGACACUGUUCUUUAAUAAACCAUAUCUAAUUAAUUUAAAUCGGAGUUCUGAUGGCAAAAUUGGAACUUUUAACGAAAAAUUUGUGAUUCCUUGGGACAUUGGUAACAUGGUCGAAGGUUCUAACCAUCUGGAAGUCUCUGUUAUAGGUGACAUAAUGGGCCCUUCUCUCAACAAUAUUGGGAAUUUGGUGAGACUUCCAUACGGUUGCGGUGAACAGAAUAUGUUGAAUUUUGCUCCAAAUCUCUACAUUUAUUUUUACCUUCAAACCAAGGGGCUUUUGACACCCGAAUUCAAAUCUAAAAUUGUUAGCUUUACUGAACAAGGGUUUCAAAGGCAGUUGACUUACCAAAGGUACGACGGUUCAUUUUCCGCUUUCGGUAAUUCCGACAAACAGGGCAGCGUUUGGCUGACGGCUUUUGUGCUCAAAUCUUUUGCUAAGGCAAAAUCGUUGGGUGUCAUUUACAUCCAAGACAAAAUAAUAUUGGAUUGCCUGACAUUUUUGUUAAACUCUCAGAUUCUAUCCAAUGUUUCCCUGGGGAAGGGGUUAAUUAUAGAUAAAAGCAGGCUGGAAAGUAUUGAGAUACCUAGAGAUAUCGGCAGCUGGAGAGAGAUUGGAGAGGUCCAUCAUAAGGCAAUGCAGGGGGGAGCUUCAAAGGGCCUAGCCCUCACGGCUUACGUGUAUAUCGCCUUGAAAGAAACGUCACUUCUCUUCUCCGACCCAUCAAUAAAUGUGUCAUCUAUGAACCCAGUCGAUUCUAAACAACGUGCCCUAUCUAGGCUUUCUCGUUCGUUGAUAUUAGCAGAAAAAUAUUUGGCCAAUCGCGUGAAAAACGUUGAUUCGUCAAAUUUGAAUAUUUCCAAUCUUCCUUACGACCUCUCAAUCGCGGCUUACUCGUUGACUCUGGCCACAUUUCAACCCCGAAAAAGCUCCAUAACUAAAAGAUGGGCCGAGUUCUUUAGUCAUAAACACAAUAGAAAUAAAUACGUUGUAGAACCGGAUACAGGGUUAGGAAUUCAAAAUGAUAGACCGGUUUCGGAACCGGAGGUAACCACUACAAAAGCCUCAUUGUUAACCGAUCCUACUUUAUCAACGAAUACUAUUGACAAUUCGGAAAGUACCGAGAUUAGCACUACUACCUACAUAACUAACUUAGCUACUGAUAUGAUUUCUGCUUUUAGUGAGAAAAUGCAUUCAAUUUUAGACCGUUCUAAUUCUCCCGUUUCUUCCAAUCGUAAUAUCAAUACCGACUCAAACCCUAAUAGUAAUGAUGUCAAUACCGACUCUAAUAAGAGCACUUUUACCACUAGUUUUAAUAGUUCACUAGACUCGUUAGAACCUAUCGAUAUGGAAGUCCAUUCCGCACUCUUGAAUAGUGCGGCCGAUCAAAGUUUCCAGGAAUUGCUCAAUUUAGCUCAGAAUGAAAGGGAUUUCACAUUUUGGCAUCAGGCCAUCACCGAUAAGAAAGAUAUGUACGGUUCACCCCAAUCCUUGGAUUUUGAAACGACCGCUUAUGCGCUCUUAACUUUGGCCAGUCGGGGUAAAUUGAACGAGGGACUUUCAGUCUUGAGAUGGUUGGUCUCUAAUAGAAAUGCUUUGGGUGGUUAUUCUUCUACUCAGGACACCGUUAUUGCCCUGAACGCUUUAUCCACCUUUGGUGCAUUAUUGCCUACUAAAGAUCAGGAUAUUAUCGUCACCGUAUCCGGUGACACAAAAUCACACGAAGUUAGGCUGACUCCACAAAAUACAUUUGUCAAACACUCCUUGGAGUUUGGUUCCACGUUGGAGAAAGAAUUAACCUUAAUAGCUUCUGGAAUUGGAACUGCGCUUAUUCAAGUAUCUUGGUCAUACAAUAUUGUUAACAAAGGUAAAGAAACGGGGUUUGAAUUGGAAACCAAAGUUGUUUCCAAAAAUAAUACGCUUUUCGUGGAUAUUUGUAUGAAGUACGCCGUUAAAAGUGAAAACAACGACAGUCGAAGUAACAUGAUUGUGCUGGAGAUAAAUAGCCCUUCGGGUUAUCUGAUUGACAAGGAAUCGGUUCUUACAACCCGGGGUAACUUGGAAGCCAAGAUAUCGGAAUUGUCCGACGCUAACACGAAACUCAAUCUCUAUUAUGAUAGCCUGGGAUCCCAAACCGAGUGUCUGAAACUUGAGAUGCAAAAAUUGUUCGAAAUUUCUGACAUCAAGCCUUCGUUAGUCAAACUUUCCGAUUAUUAUCAACCUGAAUUCAAGAGCGUAGCCUACAUAGAAAUACCUGCUCUUUAAAGAAAUAUAUUCAUUAAAUACUUUUUUAUUAUAACUUUUAACCACUCACACAUAAAUAAUAUAUAAUGUAAAAUUGAAUAUAACUAAUACAAAGCACGUUGUAGGUAGCUUAUAAUAGUUGAUCUACGAUAAUUUUAAAUAACAUGAUAAUUUUGAAAGAAAGUUUGAAAUUUUGAAGUAUAAAAGUGGUAAAAUAUAAUCUUGAAAAAAAAAUUGAGAAAUUUCAAAAUACUAGAAUUUGAAGGAAAUUGACAAUGUUGGGGAAUUAUUUUUAUUGCAUUUCAGAUAUAAAUAAUGGUUAAAGUUCCUUUUUAAUUUUUUUAAACUAUUUAUAUUUUAACAAGUUGCAAUAAUAUAAUAUUAAAACCAUCGAUUGUAAUAAGAUAUUUUUAAUUGUAUCGCUAAAAAUAAUCACAUAAUUAUUAUAUUUAAACAAAUAUAUACCAAUAUUAAAAAAGGCACAAACAUCAUUAAAACAAUGUUUUAUAUACAUAAUUUAAUUAUAUUGUCUUAAAUCAUAAAAAAAUUGAACUUAAUUAAAACAUAUAUAUUUUAUUUUAUUGUUCACCAUUUUUGAGAAAUAGACAGACAUUUUUAUGAUAUACAAUCGAUGUCUGUUAAAUAUAUAAAAACUAUACUUUGAUGUUCUUGUAUAAUCAAUUCAAUAUCUAUAAUACAUGAUAAUUUAUUGUAUAUAUGUGUAUUCACGAUUUACUAACCAUCCCACCAUUUCCAAUGUGCCAAUUAUUAUUUUUAAAUAAAAUCACAAUAUACAUUUUUAAACAAAA